ACUGAAGCCACUUCCGUAUUGCUUCAACGUGUUUUUCGACCACGGAAGAGUUUGAUCAAGUUCUGUGGAAAUGGGUCGCCGAAAGUCCAAAAGAAAGCCUCCGCCGAAGAAGAAGAUGACUGGGGACCUGGACUCCCAGUUUACGUGUCCUUUCUGUAACCACGAGAAGUCAUGCGACGUCAAAAUGGAAAGAAGUAGAAACACGGGUAUUAUCUCCUGCACGGUCUGUUUGGAGGAGUUUCAGACGCCUAUCACAUAUCUGUCAGAGCCUGUGGACGUCUACAGUGAUUGGAUAGAUGCCUGCGAGUCAGCCAAUCAGUAGCUUGCAUGUCUCUGACAGCAAUAGAAGCGGUGGUCACCCCAAAGUUGAAGUGAGACAUUAAUAGCCAGCUCAGGAGAGGACGGCUGCUGAAUGGUCGGGUCUCCUGAGAUGAGGAGUCGGAUGGACAACACAAUGUCUGAAGAAAAGCUGCUGCUGCCGCCCUUGUUUCCUAAAGUGUUCUCUAGACAUUAUUUCAACAUUAGCUGUAUUGCAUCAUUUGUAGUGACUUAUGAUUUAUGCAUAAGCGUGAAUGCUUUUGUGUGAAUUUUUUUUUUUUUAAUUUUAUUUUAUAGGUGUUGUUAAAUCGAAUAAUGUACAGUACACACAGGGUUGUAACUUUCUGAUGAGGUUGGUCUUUAUUCAGUGCAUCCUGAUGUGUGGUACCUAAUUUGACCUGUAAAAAAAAAAAACGAUGCCUCUGCAUUUUAAUUGGUGUUAGUUUCUUUUGUUGUGCGGUUGUUCCAACACAUGGUCCUGGUUUGGAUGAAUUGAUGAAGUUGAUUCUUGAAUUGGAAGCAGAAACGAUGAAUGUUUGAAUGCAAUAGCAACCUAUUAAUUUGACCUUUUCUUAAAAAAAAAUUAAAAAAACAGCCAGGAAUGCCUCAGUGUCUCUGUUUUUUCUGUUAGAUUUCUCUUCAAUACCGAUAUUAUUAAAAAAAAAUCUUAAACUUUAAUAUCAUUUGAGAAAUUGCUUGCUGGGAAGUGCUUAUCAUCAGUUUCCCUUUUGAUUCAGCUCCACUUACCAUAUGAAGAGAAGUUACAAGGCAAUCCAUUUCAUGAAAUUGUCAGGCUGUUAAUAUACUG